GUGUGUGUGUGUGUGUAUAAAAAACCCUCACUUUCAAGGUUUUUGUCAGCAAAACAUAAUUUUUGGUUUUUUUUUUUUUUCUUUGAGAAAUAGAUAGAGAUAUUCUCACUAAUGGCCACCGCAGGCACCGCUGCUGUUACUUUCAGACCAUCCGUUUCAGCUUCUUCUGAAUCGACCCAUCUGAGAUCGCCCUCCAAACUCCCCAUAUUUACGCCUCUGCCACCGUCUCGCUCACGGUCCUCUUCUUCGUUCUCCGUCUCCUGCACCAUCGCCAAGGACCCAUCUUUUCUCAUGACGGAGGCCGCUGGAUCUGAUUCGCGCCUGUGGCAACGACCCGAUUCCUUCGGUCGGUUCGGGAAGUUUGGCGGGAAGUACGUCCCUGAAACUCUAAUGCACGCCCUCUCCGAACUCGAAACUGCUUUCUAUUCCCUCGCCACCGACCAAGAUUUUCAGAAAGAAUUGGCAGAGAUCUUGAAAGACUACGUUGGUCGUGAAAGUUCGCUUUACUUCGCUGAGAGGCUUACCGAGCAUUACCGCCGAGAAAAUGGUGAAGGCCCUCUCAUAUACCUCAAAAGGGAAGACUUGAACCACACAGGUGCUCACAAGAUCAACAACGCUGUGGCUCAGGCUCUUCUCGCCAAGCGUCUAGGAAAGAAACGGAUUAUCGCUGAGACGGGGGCUGGUCAGCAUGGUGUAGCCACAGCUACUGUGUGCGCCCGUUUUGGCUUGCAGUGCAUUAUCUACAUGGGUGCUCAAGACAUGGAGAGACAAGCUCUUAAUGUGUUCAGGAUGCGUCUUCUUGGUGCUGAGGUAAGGGGAGUCCACUCUGGAACAGCGACUUUAAAGGAUGCAACAUCUGAAGCUAUAAGGGAUUGGGUGACAAAUGUAGAGACUACACAUUACAUAUUGGGAUCUGUUGCAGGUCCUCAUCCUUAUCCUAUGAUGGUCAGAGACUUUCAUGCCGUGAUUGGUAAAGAAACAAGGAGACAAGCUAUGGAGAAAUGGGGCGGGAAGCCUGAUGUUCUAGUUGCUUGUGUUGGUGGGGGUUCGAACGCUAUGGGACUCUUCCAUGAAUUUGUCGAUGACACAGAAGUUCGAAUGAUAGGUGUGGAAGCUGCUGGAUUUGGAUUGGACAGUGGCAAACACGCUGCCACAUUGACAAAAGGAGAUGUUGGUGUACUCCACGGAGCUAUGAGUUACUUGCUGCAAGAUGAUGAUGGCCAAAUCAUCGAACCACACUCCAUCAGUGCUGGAUUGGACUACCCUGGAGUCGGACCUGAGCAUAGUUUCCUUAAAGACAUGGGACGGGCAGAAUACUAUAGCGUUACUGAUGAAGAAGCCUUAGAAGCAUUCAAGAGAGUGUCUCGGUUGGAGGGAAUAAUCCCAGCAUUGGAGACAUCGCACGCGUUGGCCCAUCUCGAGAAGCUGUGUCCGACGUUACCUGAUGGAACCAGGGUGGUCUUAAACUUCAGUGGGAGAGGCGACAAGGAUGUUCAGACUGCCAUCAAGUAUCUCGAAGUUUAAAUAGAACAUUACUUUCAGUUUCACACAGUGAUAUUUCUUUUAUGUUGUUUGUUAGUUCUGGGAUCUUGCUUCUGGUCAGGAAUCCAGAAGUUUGGUUCAAAGGGUUAAGAAGAGAACAAAUUUUACUAAUGUAUCAUAUAAAUAAGAAUGUUCUAUGGAACGUCUGAUGUUAUUAGAAGAAAUUCAAACUGAAUUUGGCUGGUUUUUUACA